GAAAGUGAUUUUCCUGGCCCCGCCCUCCGCCCGCCUCUUCCCAGCCCCUGAAAUACCCGGGCUUCCCGGCCUCUCGCACCCUCUUGGAUCCCCACGGGGUAAUGUGCGUCCCGCUCCCUCGGCCGGCUCCCUGACCCCCGGUUCUCCGAGAGGCCUGACCGCGCUCCCCAGUGUCCUCGACCCAGGCCGGUCAGGUCGGCUGCCAGCCCCACGUCCCCUGCCAGCCGCAGCCAUGAGCAACCGGAGGAAGGACCACCUUGGUGCCAGCAGCUCAGAGCCCCUCCCGGUCAUCAUCAUUGGCAAUGGUCCCUCCGGCAUCUGCCUGUCCUACCUGCUCUCAGGCUACACCCCGUACGUGAGGCCGGACGCCGUCCACCCGCACCCCCUGCUGCAGAGGAAGCUCUCAGAGGUGCCGGGGGUCUCCAUUAUGGACCAGGACCUAGACUACCUGUCCGAAGGCCUGGAGGGCCGGUGCCAAAGCCCUGUGGCCCUGCUCUUUGACGCCCUCCUGCGCCCAGACACGGACUUUGGGGGCAGCGUGGAGUCCGUCCUCACCUGGAGGCACCAGAAGGAGCGAGCGAUCCCCCACCUGGUCCUGGGCCGGAACCCGCCUGGGGGCGCCUGGCAUUCCAUUGAAGGCUCCAUGGUGACCCUGAGCCAAGGCGAGUGGAUGGGGCUCCCCGACCUGCAGGUCAAGGACUGGAUGUGCAAGAAGCGCAGAGGUCUUCGCAACAGCCGGGCCACGGCCGGUGACAUCGCCCACUACUACAGGGACUACGUGAUCAGGAAGGGGCUGAGCCACAACUUCGUGUCCAGCGCCACGGUCACAGCCGUGGAGUGGGGGACACCCGAGCCCAGCAGCCCUGGGCCCCGGGACCCCAGCCCGCUCUUCCAGAUUUUCCGCCGUGCAGACAAAAACGACGACGGGAAGUUGUCCUUGGAGGAGUUCCAGCUCUUCUUUGCAGAUGGCGUCCUCAACGAGAGGGAACUGGAGGAUCUCUUCCACACCAUCGACUCUGACAACACCAACCAUGUGGACACCAAGGAGCUUUGUGACUACUUUGUGGACCACAUGGGGGACUAUGAGGACGUCCUGGCUUCCCUGGAGACCUUGAACCACUCUGUGCUGAAGGCCAUGGGCUACACCAAGAAGGUGUAUGAGGGCGGGAGCAACGUGGACCAGUUUGUGACGCGCUUCCUCCUGAAGGAGACGGCCAAUCAGAUCCAGUCCCUGCUGAGCUCGGUGGAGAGCGCGGUGGAGGCCAUCGAAGAGCAGACCAGCCAGAUCCGACAGAACCACAGCCGGCCCAGCCAUGGCGCGGUGGAGACCUGGUCCGGGAGUCCCACGCCCCCCUACGCCCCCAACCACAAGCUCAUGGCUGCGGAGCAAGGAAAGAGCUUCCCGCCUGGCACCUCGGACCCCAAGGAGGAUGGCCUGGACGCCCAGAUCAGCAGGCUGGCGGGGCUCAUUGGACGGCUGGAGAACAAGACCCUUUGGUUUGACCUUCAGCAGCAUCUCUCGGACGAAGAAGGCACCAACAUGCACCUGCAGCUGGUCCGGCAGGAGAUGGCCGUGUGCCCCGAGCAGCUGGGUGACUUCCUGGACUCUCUGCGCCAGUAUGUGCGGGGCACCGCUGGGACCAGGAACUGCUUCCACAUCGCUGCCGUGAGGCUGGCGGAUGGCGUCACCUUCGUGGUCUAUGAGUUCUGGGAGACGGAGGAGGAGUGGAAGCGGCACCUACAGAGCCCUGUGUGCAAGGCGUUCCGGCACGUCAAGGUGGACACGCUGAGCCAGCCUGAGGCCUUCUCCCGGAUCUCCGUGCCAGCUGCUUGGUGCACCCUGGGCCGUGACUGACCGCCUCCCCGAGGUCCCACAGAUGCGUCUGCCGCCCUGCUCCCUCUGACAAAGGAUGUCCACUCUUUUCUAGAAACUUUGGUAUACUAGCUGUCUUUUCAGUAUACUUCCAAAUAAGAGUGUCUCUUCCUGCUGUUCAAAGUGAAGGCGCACCCCUCCCCUGGCACCCCCCUCCCCCACCCUUGGCGGCAGAGCAGCGUCUGAGCUGCCGGGGCCCUGCUGAUGCUGGAGGGCAGUGGUGAUGGAGGCGGCUCCCCCGCCAGCAGACGGCCACGCAUGACCAGUCUCCGUCCACCUCUCCCUCACUCUCCCUGGUUGCCACUCCUCCACGUGGUAGGGGGCCAAGACCCUGUAGUGCCCACCCUAGGCCUGGGCUGAGCCCACAGGCGGCAGUAGACCCCACGUAGCAGUGCCCUGCUGGGCAAACAGCCGCCCGGGACGAGCACCAAAUAAACUCCCAAUGGGGACA